AUCCAUCGCGAUCCCUCGGAGCUAUAUGCCUCCUGUCUCUCUCGCCCCUCUCCCGCGAAAUCUCGAGGAGGAGAGAGAGUGAGUGAGAGGGGGGAAAUAAAAAUAAAAAUAAAAAAUAAAAAAUUGUUGGAGGAAACGAAACCCUGGGGGACGAAAGAAUGUGCCAAAACCCUAAAAGCCCUAGCCCUAGGGCCGGCCGCAAUCGAGGGGACCAGCAGGCUCUGGUCCACGAGCUCUCCCUCAAGCUCGCCGGCGCCGAUCCUCUGCCGAAUCGAGGCGGCGAGGGACGUUCGGAAGAUCGUCAGGGCCUCCGCUAGGGCUCGAUCCUUCGCUGUCGCCGACGUCGUCGAUCCCUCGUCUCCAUGCUGCCUCCGUCGAUCGCUGGCCAAGGAUCGCUUUUGCCUCGCGCUGCUCAAUCUCGCCGUGCGGAACGAGAGGAAUAAGGAAGUAAUAGUGAAGAGUGGCGCCAUCCCCUGCCUCAUAGAACUGCUCAAAUCUGAGAACAACAAUCUCAGAGACCUAGCUACUGCUGCAGUCCUCACCCUUUCAGCUUCAACUUCUAGCAGACCAACUAUCAUCGCCUCUGGAGCCGUACCCCUUCUAGUCCAAACCCUUAUCUCCGGAAGCAUCCAAGGCAGGGUCGAUGCUGUCACAGCUUUAUUUAACCUGUCUAAUUGCGCAGAGAAAUCUAACCUCACCCUCUCAGUUGAAGCAACUAGGCCUCUUCUCACCCUUUUGAAGGAAUCCAAGAAAUACUCAAAGUUUGCCGAGAAGGCUACAUCUUUGCUAGAAAUCCUUUCUAAAUCCGAUGAAGGAUUGCUCUCAAUCUCUGAAACAGACGGCGGGAUUUUAACUCUGGUAGAGACUAUUGAAGAGGGUUCUUUACUAAGCACAGAACAUGCAGUUAGCAUUCUUUACUCAUUGUGUAGGAGCUGUAGAGAAAAGUACAGGGAGAUUAUCCUUAAUGAAGGACCCAUCCCAGGACUUCUGCUGCUAACUGUGGAUGGCUCUAUGAUUGCCCAGCAUAAAGCUCACAGUCUUCUAGAUCUUCUGAGAGAUAACUCUCAGACUAAGAGAGAAGCAUCGCAAGACUUGGAGACGAUUGCUUAUAGUAUUGCUACAAAGGUUGAUGGCAGAAAGAAAGCUGAGAAGACCGCGAAGAGAUUGCUCCAGGAUAUGGUGAAGAGAAAUAUGGAACUGAACAUGAUAAGGAUACAGAAGAGAGCAUCUUCAGGCAGUUUAAAGACCCCAAGUACGCUGUUGAUGCCGUCGAUGUAGGAUUGUAAGUACAUAUUUUGCUCUUUUGAAAGCUCGGUUUUGGCUCUUCAGAAGAGUUUACAGACUGGUUCAAAGAAUCAAGUUAAGUGCUAACUUCUAUAAGAUGCAUGUGAGGUUAAAAACUUGUAAAAUGACAUAAAAGCAUGUUCUUGUUGUGAUCUUCUGCCCUGGUCUUUGUACAUAGUGUUUACCUAAAAGCUUCCGACUGUGGAGAGUAGUUCUUGUACUGUUUUCAUUUGGUGUUUUUUACACCCUAUGUAGCUAAACAAAUGAGCUUCAUAGUCCAAAUACAGCAGCGAGAUUUCGCCUGCUCAUUGUCAAA